CCCCCCCCCCCCCCCCGGGCCCUAGUCCACAUCGAUUCACACGCUGGGGUCCCUAGAUGGAAUCUUGCUGACGAGAUAUUGCUGUUCCCGUGGUAGUUAUCCACGAGCCUUAAAAGGGUUUGGUCAUCAUUGCUUCCGAGUCCAGGGCCCCCGCUCGUCACGCUUCGCGAUUUUCAAACUUGAUAGAAACAAUACAAUAAAUAAAUAGAAAGAAUCGAUUAAAAAAAAAAAAAAAAAAAAGACGUCCCGGGAGGAUAUAAAUGAAUACAAACUUCGCCGCCCGUCCACACCCUCUCUGUCCCAUCGACACUGAAGCUCCCGUGUUUUGGUUGGAUUGUCAAGCUGGCAGGAAGCAAGCGGAGGACCUUCUCCUCUAACCAGGGCGGGUUGCUGAACAGAAUGUUCGGUGGCUCCACGAGCCCUACCAAAGAGAAAGACGAUUCCUCCCCUCUCUCCCGCCCUGGUUCGGCGACUCUAUCUAUCAGUACGGAGAAUACAGCCGCUGGCCGCGGAAACAAAGCCACCUCGCCUAGCGACUCCCUGUCUCCCCGCAACGAGGACCCGAGCCCAUCAGCGGAGCAGCCAAAGCGACGAAGUAGCUCUAUGACCAAGGCUGUCAAUUUCUUCUCCAACGCUAAAAAUUCCCUGCACCUUUCAAGCCCACGGGAGUCCCAUAGGGAACAGCAAGCCCUAACGCCUAUGCAGAAGCUGGGGAAGAUGGAUCCCGCCUUGAUUGUGCCGCAAGGGUCCCUGAAUAACUCAGCCGGUGAAUCAGCGCCAACUGCGCGCUCGUCGUUUCGGGUUGGAGUCACAGAAGAUAAGAAUAGAAAAUGUCGAAGGACUAUGGAAGAUACCCAUGCCUAUCUGUAUAAUUUUCUUGGAACAGCAGCCCCCACGCCCGCCAGAGCCGAUUCUUCUGUCCGCAGCAAAAACUCCGAGGACUCAAUAUCUACAUCUACAGAGUCUGACGAUUUGCCACCUAUGAUUGAAACGGAUAACGGAUACUUUGCCAUUUUUGACGGGCAUGCUGGGACUUUCGCGGCGGAGUGGUGUGGGAAAAAGCUACAUCUUAUUUUAGAGGAUAUUAUGAGAAAACACCCGAAUGCGCCUGUGCCAGAGCUCCUGGACCAAGCAUUCACUAGUGUGGAUCAGCAAUUGGAAAAACUCCCGUUGAAAAACAGCGGCUGCACUGCUGUCACUGCAGUCUUGCGAUGGGAAGAUCGACCUGCUUUGUCAUCUCCCCCUGCUCCUCCACCCAAUGCGACUUCAUCCUCCCCGCUGGCGACACCCAGCAAGUCAGCUCUAGAAAAGGAUAAUAGUAACAUAAACCCGUCGCCAGCCGUGCAGACAUCCUCAUCUCUAGAACCGUCGGGAUUACCCGCCUCAGCCCAACCAGGAUCCGCAAACCAGAAACAGCCCCAAGAAACAACGACAGUCGUGCGACAACGUGUACUAUAUACCGCGAACGUUGGUGAUGCACGAGUUGUCCUAUGUCGGAAUGGCAAGGCGCUUCGAUUAUCGUACGAUCACAAGGGCAGCGAUGAGAACGAGGGGAAACGAAUAUCCAAUGCAGGCGGCCUUAUCUUGAAUAACCGCGUAAACGGCGUUCUUGCUGUCACUCGGGCGUUAGGGGAUUCAUACAUGAAAGACCUCGUCACUGGCCACCCGUACACAACGGAGACGGUCAUUCAACCUGAGACGGAUGAAUUUCUGAUUUUAGCUUGCGACGGUUUAUGGGAUGUCUGCUCCGACCAAGAAGCCGUCGACCUCAUCCGCGGCACAGAGGACCCGCAACUCGCCUCGAAAAUCCUCGUCGACCACGCCCUCUCCCGCUUUAGUACCGACAAUCUCUCUUGCAUGAUUGUCCGCUUCGACACAAAGGCCAUCCAAGAAGCGAUAGAACGACAAAGACGCACGUCGGCCGGCCCACCAGCUAUGACAGAUAAUACUACCGGUGCCGCCUCAAGUAAUACUACUCCCAAUAAUGCUACUACUGAUAAUAACAACGCCGAAUCCUUCCCACCCCCAAGCCAACUCGGCGGCAUCAGCGAAGCGGACAAGAUCGUCGAGAAGACGCGGAAAAAGGCGCGCGCGGGAAAGUUGGGGACUGAACUUGGUGCCGCCACUGCUGGCACUGCUGCUGCUACAAAAGGUGAGGAUGAGAAUUUGACGCCCGUGGAGUCCUUUUCGGCAGUGGAGGAUGAUGAGUUGGGGCCGGAGGUUUCACCAGCGGAGUUGAAGGGGGUGAUUGAGGUUGCGGAUUUGGAUUUGAGCGGGGGGAGGGGGGAUAGGAAAGAGGAAGGAGGUGGAUAACCCGUGGCGUUUGCAAUUGGGUCAGUUCGAUGGGUUGGUUUUCUGGUUUGGGAUAAAACCGAAGGGGGUCCUAUUCGCGGUUUUUUUUCUUUUUUUUUCACUUUUUAUUUUCCCCUGUUAUUUUACUUGAACCAUUGUUCUUGACCGUUUUGAUGUGCGUGAUGUGUUUUAUUCCAUGACGAAAUUAAGAAUAGGAAGGGGAGGGAAAAGCCAGAAGAAGAAGCUAGGUUUUUUUUUUUUUUUUUUUUUUUUUUUUUUUUUUUUUUUUUUUUUUUUUUUUUUUUUUUCUUGCAGGGAGGCAAAAAGCCCUUUUUCCCUUUUCCCCCUUUUAUAUUAUGUCUUCACGCUUCUUCUUUUUUUUCCAUUCAUGUUUUUAUGUCUUUUAUGCCUAUCAUCAUCGUGCUCUUUCUUCAUAUUUUUCUUUCUUCAUGUUUUCCUUCUUUUUUCCAUGUGGGUUAUUAUCGUGCGAAACGGGUUGGGAUCUUUUCUUUUUUUCCAUUGCUUCUUUUUUUGCUCUCACUCAGACUAUGAAUGCUAUUAGGUUCUUUACCUGCCAUCUAUGCCUUUCGACCAUCAUCACAUGUACAGUUUCUUGAGUGCUGCGUGGCAUACACAUACAUACAGAGCGAGAGAGAGACGGAGAAGAAGGGGGGGGGGGGUGGGUAAAGAGAGAAAGACAGGCGAAAAUAAACUAGGGAACAGUAUGAGAUAUCAUAUACGAUAUGAAACUUAUCUAUUAAGCUUGUUUUGUUUCGAACGGGUAUAAAAUUCUACAUUUCGAGUCUCCAUUGUCAUCAUUUAAGAUCAGCUGCAGCUAUUUCAAUCUUCAUUUAGAUAUUUAUAGAAGUUUGACAUAGUUUACUUUGCCUAUCAAA